CCGGUCAGAUCAGUAGACUAGAGACUAACGAGAGAGGGUCGCACGAUUGGUAUCAUGCUACAGCACGACGUCGUUUUAUAGCUAAAACCUCAUCGCCGAUGCAGAAGAACCACACCUCGAGCUGAGAUUCGGAAAUUCUUCAGAAAUGGCAGGGAAGAUGAAGAGGAGCGAGGCCAGCAGUAGCAGCCGGAGCAGCAACAGUAACCACCACAGAGCCGAAAGCGUGGUCGUCGAUUACGGCAAGAACAAAAGCACCUGCGGCUAUUGCAGAUCCAAAGCUCGCACCAGUAUCUCUCACGGUUUGUGGGCACAUAGCGUUACGAUUAAUGACUAUCAAGAUCUUCUUGACCGGGGAUGGAGAAGAUCUGGUUGUUUUCUUUACAAGCCGGAGAUGGAAAGAACGUGCUGCCCUGCGUAUACUAUUCGUUUGAAAGCUGGUGAUUUUGUUCAUUCGAAGGAGCAGCUUCGGGUGUCUAGAAGAAUGCAGAGGUUUUUAGAUGGUGCCUUGGAAUGUAAACAGCCAGUGGAGCCAAAUGCUUCCAAGGAUACACAUGGCCAGAACCACCUUGGAGUUUCAAUCUCAGCUCCCAAAAACAGUGGAGAGAAAGAUGGGGAAGAAAAAAUUUUGAAUUACUUAUCAGAUCAAGUUGAUAAGGCAGUUCAUUCAUGCUUAGACAGUGGGGAGUUUCGUGCCAUUCAAUGUCCAAAAGCUUCUGUUAAAAAGGUUUUACAAGCCAAAAGAAAGCUAUUAGCUGCUGGGUCUGAAGAUCUCUUAUACUCCAGCAAUAUUGCAUUUCAACUAGCGGCUGCUAUGAGACAGUGUGUAACGGAUAAGAAGGAAGCCCACCAGGGGAGAGAAUUGGGACACAUUGCAGAGGAAAAUGGGUCGUCUCCAAAACUCAUUGCUGAAAAGCUAGAAAGUUCAUUAAAUCAGUUGGGGAACACUUCUGGUCUAUCAGUAAGGGCCUGCAACGGACACUUAAACUUUUAUUCUGUCACAAAACCUGCUUCAUCAGAUGGAAGUGCUCAUGUUGUUAGCAACUUCAAAGGCACUGCCAGGUCAGAAAGUAAAGGCAGCAGUUUGAAAAAUAACUCUGAAUAUACUCAGGUGAAGAGGCGGAGGCUUGAGAUUCGUCUUAAAAGGGCCAGCUUUGAUUCAGAAGAGUAUGCCUUAUAUAAAAGAUAUCAAAUGAUGGUGCACAAUGAUACCCCUGACCAUGUUACAGAAGCCUCAUAUAAGAAGUUCUUAGUUGAUACUCCCUUAAUAUAUGUUCCCCCAACUAAUGAUGGUACAGUUCCCCCAUGCGGCUUUGGCUCUUUCCAUCAGCAAUAUGUAAUUGAUGGCAAACUUGUUGCAGUUGGUGUUAUAGACAUUCUCCCUAAAUGUUUGUCCAGUAAAUAUUUAUUCUGGGACCCAGACUUUGCGUUCCUUUCACUAGGGAAGUAUUCAGCCCUGCAAGAAAUAAAUUGGGUGAAAGAGAAUCAACUCCAUUGUCCUACUCUUCAAUAUUAUUAUCUUGGUUACUACAUCCACUCCUGCAGUAAGAUGAGAUAUAAGGCAGCGUAUCGCCCGUCUGAGCUACUGUGUCCUCUUCGUUACCGGUGGGUUCCUUUUGAUAUAUCCAAGCAUUUGCUUGACAGAAACAAGUAUGCUGUUUUAUCGGAUUGUACCGUCUCACAAGAUAGGGACUCCUCAUCACUUCAUGCUUCUGAAGAUGUCAUGGAAAUACAAUACGAUGACAAUGACCAAGACAGUGAGUUUAUGUAUGAUGAAGGGAUGAUUGAGCCUGAAUUUGAAAGCUCUGACAAUGAACCACAUCUGGCAUAUGAAAAUAAAGAUGCUGGUAAUGUUUUAAUCGGGUUGAAGGAAUCUCGGGUGAGAUUCAAGGUAUGUAUCCUCAAACUAUCCUAUUCAGUAUCAUACUAUGUGUCAAAGCUUCAGAUCCUUCAUUUCAAUCUACUUAAAUCUCCCCUCAAAAUCAACCCCUUUCAGUUUCUUGACUUUGUGGUUUCAUUUACUGACAUUGGGUUUUUUCUGCUGGAGGAUAUAAAGCAAGCUUUUGGUCCCACGGAACGAAGUUACUUGGAAUCCCAGUUGAGUAGAUACACAGAAGUUGUAGGUGAAGAGCUCGCUGGACGAAUGGUUUAUUCAAUCGAUUGAUUUGCCUUUGACAGCAUUCAUCAGAAAAUGAAAGAUUUAUGAAUUGCAAUUGGAAGUGAAUAUCGUGGCCUAUCCCCAAGUCACUAUCCGAUCAUUUUAGCCGGGGAUAGAAGUAAGAGCUAGCAUACACAUUCCUGACACCCAGAUUCAUCUUGCAGUUUGAUUGUUUCUUGAUGUUCAAGUUUCUGUUCCAACUGAUUCGGUAUCUGGUUGAAAAUUACAUAUUUGCUAGGUACAUGAUAGUUUUUGUAAAUUUGUCAGAGUUGUUAAAAUAGAGUUGCUUUGUUGUUGCGACAAAUUAUUCAUCAUUUGCAGAAAGCCGACUCCUUGACUCUUCUUACAUUUC